ACACGGUUUCAUGGCGCGUGAUCCCACGCGUACCCAUACACGACUUCAAAAAUAAAGAACGAAACACCCAAAACCCAGAGUUUGUGUCGUUUUGAAACCUUCCUUGUUCAUUCUCCAAAACCCUCAUCAAUGACUGAUUCAAUGCUCGCCGCUGAACCGGCGGCGUCCGAUCUUGGCUUCGAUGACUUCUCCGCUGAGUUCGACAAUCUGCCGAUCCCGUCCAUGGAUUCUCUGUUCGACAGCAGCACGCUGCCCUCGGAGGCCUUCGGCUCCGAUCUGGAAUUCGCCAUGGAUUUCGGCGAGAAUGAAGAGUUCGAGAUCACCUUCGACGACCUCGACAACCUCUGCAUCCCCUCUGACGCCGAUGAUUUCCUUCUUCCCGACGCAUGUAACCCUACCGGCGCUUCAAUUUCGCCGAUAAACGACGAUCGCGGUGAUUCUUCUCCAAAGACUUCCGAUUGUCAUGUUGCUAAUUCCGAUUCGCCGGAAUCAGAUGCUUCUGCGGUUUCCGGCAAUCCAAGCUCCGGCGUUUCAGGGUUUUUCAAUUCGCAAGCUUUGGAUUCGGUUUUCGAGGGUAAUUCAGGUAAACAGGAUUCACAUAACUCGGUUGAUGUUAAAGUUUCAAGCUUUCCAUCGCCGGAGUCUGAAUUUUGCGACCGGGAAGAGUCUUCGAAUGGACCGGUUUCGUCUCAGGGUUCGGGCAAUGGUGGGUCGGGUGUAUAUGAAACUACGAACUCGCCUUCACCUGAUUCUGACCAUUACGAGAGAGACAUUUCAUCGUCUCAUGCACAUGCAAUUGUGGAUAAGGGUGUGAAGUUGGAGGAAAGUGGUAAAGGUUGUGAUCUGAAGAGGAAGAAAGAGCAAAGUGAAGGAAAUGCUGAGACUAGAACCAUUAAGUACAGGAGGUCCUCAGUGCCUGUGGACAACAAGACCCAACAACAAUCUGAGUCUGUUGUCAAUGCCAGUGAUGACGACGACGAUAAAAGGAAGGCCAGGUUGAUGAGGAAUAGGGAAAGUGCACAGCUUUCGAGGCAGAGGAAGAAGCAUUAUGUGGAGGAGCUUGAGGAGAAGGUGAGGUCAAUGCAUUCCACAAUUGCUGAUCUGAGUGGUCGGAUUUCCUUUGUCAUGGCUGAGAAUGCUACUCUGAGACAGCAAUUGGGUGCUGGUGUGAUGUGUCCUCCUCCUCCACCAGCUCCAGGGAUGUACCCUCAUCCUCCCAUGGCACCUAUGGGUUAUCCUUGGGUUCCCUGUGCUCCCUAUGUUGUCAAGUCUCAAGGGUCUCAGGUUCCUUUGGUUCCCAUUCCUAGAUUGAAGCCUCAGCAACCAGCUUCAGCCUCCAAGAGUAAAAAGUCUGAGAGUAAGAAGACUGAGGUGAAAACUAAGAAGGUUGCCAGCAUUAGUUUGUUGGGUUUGCUUUUCUUUGUCAUGCUUUUUGGUUGGCUUCUUCCUCUGGUGGAUUUUAAGUUUGGAGGUUUAGUGGACAAUGUUCCUGGUAGGUAUAGCUAUGUUAGUGAUAGGUUGUACGGUCAGGGUGGAGGCAGGGUUUGGCCUGUAAAUGGUCGUAGGAAUGGAUCCGAAAGAGGUGAGGGAUUAGAAUUUUCUAAUGGAAGGUUUAGUGUUUCUGACAGAACGGAGUAUGAUAGAGGCCGAAAACUUGGAGAAGAAACGCAUGCGCGGCAAGACCCUAGAGAUGUUCAUCAGGGCAAUGGCAGUGAGCCUCUUCUUGCUUCUUUGUAUGUUCCUAGGAAUGAUAAGCUGGUGAAGAUUGAUGGAAACUUGAUAAUCCAUUCUAUUCUGGCCAGUGAGAAAGCUAUGGCAUCUCAAACUGCUCAGGCAAAGAAGGACAAGAGUGAAACUGGUUUGGCCAUUCCUAAAUCUGCAUUGGCUAUUCCUGAAGUUGGAAGAAAUAGAGGUCAACAUCCACACGUUUAUAGGGUUUCUCCUGAACAGAGGAAGGCUCUUGGUUCUGGUUCAACCAAAACUUUGAAGGACCAUAUGAAGUCCACUGCAACUGAUGGUACAAUGCAACAGUGGUUCCGUGAAGGCCUUGCAGGGCCAAUGUUAAGUUCUGGCAUGUGCACCGAAGUUUUUCAGUUUGAUGCCUCUCCAACCCCUGGAGCUAUAGUUCCAGCAACAUCAGUAGCUGACAUCUCUACCAAAAAUCGUCAGAAUGCUACGGCUGUCAAAAAGAGCAGGAACAGAAGAAUCCUCCAUAGGCUCCCAGAUCGACUUGCUGGAACCAGCCUGAACAUAACUGAAGAACAUGUAAGAAAUUUGCAGAAUGACCACCUCCAUGGUAAUAAAUCUUCUAUGGUGGUUUCAGUGCUUGUUGAUCCCAAAGAGGCAGGAAAUGGUGAUGUUGAUGGCAUGAUGACACCAAAGUCGCUCUCUCGGAUUUUUGUGGUUGUGCUUAUCGAUAGUGUCAAGUAUGUCACUUACUCAUGUGGUCUUCCACGUGUUUCUCCCCAUCUGGUGACUGCUUAUGUUUGAUAAUCCUUCCUCCAGCAAAAUGUUUUGAUACAGCUGUGUUAUCUAACCCGAGUUCUAGUUAAUUUAACAAUGGAUGUGGGGACUUGGAGAGAGAAACUAAGCUCCAGUUUUGUACAUAAUAUUUAAAGUAGCAGGCCUUAUGUACCCAAAAAAAAGUAGCUGAGAAGUUAAAAGCUUGGCCUUGAACGGGGUUGACCGUCUUGUGCUGAGUUCAGUGAGUUGAGACAUUUCUUUGAAUCAUAUAUAAUAUAU